ACUUUUUUAACAACAAUUAUAACCUCUAAGUAAGAUAACAAUUGUUAGUUCCGGAUUUGUUAUUUUAUCGAGUAGUUGAUAUAAGUUUUAAAGAUGUUUGCUAGAUUGGUCUCUAACAUUUUUAAUGCAUUGCCAGGUAACAAAUUGGUUAUGGAUAGCAAUGGGUUCGCUCGAUUCUUGGAUUUAGCACUUGGACCGAAUCAGUGUCAAAGGAAUUUUGCAUCGAAAACAAAAUUCUUCUAUAUGACAAAACCGAGGUAUAAUUUUCCAAAACCUUCCGAAUACAAACGCGUUACGAGAUUAGGGUGGCAUGCAAGAAUGUCAACGCCUGAAGGUAGAAGAAUUCUUAUGAGAAGAAUAUUAAAAGGCAAACAUGUCUUGAGUCAUUAACUUUAUUGCGUUUGUUAAUUUAAUAUUAUACAAUAUUAAUAAAGAUUAUGUUAAGAGAU